AUGAUUUUCUUAUCUUUCUUUAUUUUGAAUUCAACAUAUUCAUUUGAAAUAUAAGGAUUAGAUCCAUUAUAUUAGGUAGAGCAUUAACAAGUGAAGAUUGAUGACAAUGAAUUUUAAGCAGAAAAAUAUUUUAGCUAUGGGAUUUGGUCUAAAUAUACUCCACUAAGUGUAAUACCUUAAACUGGUCCAGUUGGAUUGUUUGAUAGUAAUUGUUAUCAACUUCAUCACAUACUUGAGAAGAAAAACAAUGAAAUAAAUUUAAUAUAUUAUGAUUGUCUAGAUUAUGAAGCAAACAAAAUAACAAAGGCAAUAAAGUUUGUUAACAAUGAAGACGAGUAGAGGGAAUAUGUAAUUGAGAUUGAAAUAUUCUAAUAUGAAAGCUUUUGGUAUUUUCUUGAAGUACUUUAGUGGCCCUUAUAAAAACGAUUUGAAAUUUUAAUUAUAUCAUAAUAGUAAAUAGUGAUUCAUAGCAUCGAUGAAAUAAAAUACCCAUUUAAGGGGGUAGAUCUCUAAUUUAUUUUUGGAAGUAGCUUGAUUGUAAAUUCUUCAAGAAUAAAAUCAAUCUUAAAAGGGUAAAAAUUUUCAUACUUUCCUGGAGCUAUUAUCAUAUAAAAGUAUAAGAUAUUAGAUGAGCUGGCAAUUAUUGAUUGGUUUGAAUAUGUGAAAACUGUUUUUCAGAAUUAUGAAAUAUGUGAAUGCUAACCAAAUCGAGAUCAAAAUAUUCAAGAUCAGAAUAUUGACUCUUAAUUAACAGGAUAGAUUAUUUCAGAAAAUUAAAAUUGUGAUUCUUUUGGCUUAUCAGGAUGGGUAAAAAUAAAAGAAAUUAUUCAUGAAGACAACCAAUUUAUCUAUCCAUUUAUAAAAUUAGCAGCUAAUUUUGAGGAUCAAAUUUUAACUAGUGAUAACUUAUCCCCUCUUUAAAUUCAAUAUUAAUUAUCAGAUAUUUAGAAUUAAAUUAUUGUAAAAACUUAUAGCUACAUUUUUCCAACAGUCUCAAUUAAUUUUUCUAAUAAUCCCUUUCUAUUAGAGAAAUCUUUUGAUAUUACUAACAGCAUCAAUUUAUGGCAUAAGAUAUAAAUUAAAUUAAUAAAAAAUUUAUUGGAUAUUUCAAUUAAAUUUUAUGAGUAGUCAACGAUUCAUGAGUAUGGACAUUAAUUUGAAGUUCGUCAAUUUUAAUAAAGUCAAUUGAAAUUAGUAUAUGGAAAUAUCUAAUUGUCUAAAUCAAAUUAUUUGAAUAUAGUAAUCCGAAAUUUCCUUUUUUUAAAUUGUGAUUAGCAAUUUUCUGAGUAAAAUUGCCAUUACAGUUGUUAUGAAUGCGACGGACCAACUAAUUAAAAUUGUUUAUCUUGUUCAGAAGAAUCCAAAAGAAUUUAUUUACCUGAACAUAAAGUGUGUGUUUGUCCUUAUGAUACAAUUGAUGAUGAAAUUUGUAUAAGUUAUAAAGAAGCAGAUUUAGAAUUUAUUGAUGAACCUUUGGUAGAGAAUUAAUGCUAAUAUGGUUAUUUUGAAUUAGAUAAUUAAUGCGAAAGAUGGUAAUUAUUUGACAAUUGAUAUUAGUCCUUCAAUCAUAACUAAAGAUUUAAUAACUUGCUUAGAUUGUUUGUAAAAUCCUAAAUCUUUUAGUUAAAAACCGUAGUGUGAAUACGACUUAUAUUUAAGUCAAUCAGGCUAGACAGAAAUACUUUAAUCGAGUAUUCCUAAUUAAUUACUUUUUGAUGGAAGUGAUAUUAUAGUGUAGCAUUUCAGUGCUUAUAGUAGUGUCAGUAUAAAUGAUGAUUAACUUUUGUACUCUGUCUUUUUAGAGAACUCAAUUCCUGUUGAAUUCUAAUGUAAUUUUGGAGAUUGUUUAUUAGAUUUUAGUAAAAAUUGCCAAAUUACAUAUUUAUCUAUUAUAGGUGAGUUUUGUAAAUUGUGUUUUGAAAAUUACUUACUUAAAGACAACAUUUGUAUUUCUUUAAAUUAGAAUAGUAUUGAAUAUAAUAGUUGUCAUGCACCUUAUUACAAGACUUUUACUCAUCAGUGCAAAUUAUGCCCUAAAAAGAAUUGUAAAUACUGUUUUGAAUAUUAAAAUAAUGAACCUUCCUUCAAAAGCACAUUAUAUAAAAAUUUUGAAAACUUUGAUACUGAUUCAAUGACAGAAAUUGGUUGUGCAAUGUGCGAAGAUGGCUUUAUUUUUGACUUUACGAAAGGGGAAUGUUUAAGAUAGUAAUCAAGAAUUUAAAGUUGCUUAAGAUCGUUUAUCAAUCUGGAUGGUAUUGAAUUAUGUACGCUUUCCUCCUCUAGUGAUUUUAGCAUUGCACCCGAAAUUAUAAAUUGCGAAAAAUAUUCCCCUAAUUGUUUAUAAUGUGUCCUUACUCCUAAAACCAAGCUAUAAUGCGUAAUGUGUAGAGAAGGUUAUACAAGUUCUAUUACAACAGGGAAUUGUUAUAUGAGUUCAUAUUAGAUAAACACUAUUUAAGUAAUAUAAGGAGACAUUAAUGAGAAAGAUGGAUAUGUUCAAACAAUUUAGAGUUUUUUAAUGUAAUUUUUACCUGAUUCAUAUUAUUAUUCUUACUCUUUUGGAUAAUUGGAUGAGUUCAUAAUUAGAUGUAAAAGCGGGUAUGAAUUAAUAGAUUAUAUUUAUUGUAAAAAAUAUUGUAGUAGUGAAUGUUUAAAUUGUAAAAGUGGAGACUAAAAUUUUAUCUGCACGAAGUGCGAUUUAAAUUACUACAGAAACCCUAUGCGAGUUCAAUUCGAGGGCCAAUGUCUGCCUUGUUCCAAUUUAUGCUUGUAUUGUGAAAUAAGAGAUUAGGAUAAAAUUCUUGUAAUUUCUUAAAAAUAUAUUAGGAUUUGUAAUCAGACUAUUACCUUCAAGAAACUUAAGUCUGUCUAAAACCAGUUUAUAAUACUAAUAUAGUCAUUAACCCCUAUUUAAAUAAUGUUAAAUACUGUUUUAACAAAAGCUGUCACAAUCAUUUUUUAUUCUCAUCAUAUUUUACUUCUUGCAUAUUAGAUAGGAGUUUGGGAAUUCAUAUAGAUGAGUAAAUAAAUUUGUAAUAUUGCAAUCAAGUUGGAGUAGAUUAAAUGACUAUAGAUUAUGUUUUUGAUAUUGGGGAAUUGUCUAUAGGUUGCUAGAAUUUACGCAAACUUAAUCUCUGGAAUGGCUUAAAGAAAAAAAUAUUCUCUCUAAAGAAGAUUAAUAUGAGAGUAUUUUCACUAGAUGAAAUGAUCUACGGUUCAAAAUACAUUAUAAACAUUACAAAUUAUGAUUCAGUCGAAUUUAAAAAUAUAACUUUUAAAUUAGUUAAUGGGUUUAUUUUAGAAAAUCUUAACAACAAGAUUGAUAUCACAUUAAACAAUCUAAAAUUGAUUCAAGGCAGCCUUUCUAAUAUUACCAUUUUCUAAACGUAAGUGUAUGGAAAUAUUGUCAUUAAGGAUGUUACGAUUUUAGAUUCUGAAUUUUCUAAUUCAACUUUUUUUGAUUUUUAAAACCAAUCAAUUUUAAUAUCAUUUAAAAUACAAAAUUUGAUUAUGAAGAACUGUCUAAUAAAUAACUCAACUUUACUCAAUAUUGACUAUAUCAAGGGUAUGAUAAUUGUUGAAAAUCUCAUUAUUGAUAAUUGCACACUAUUUAACUCUUCAUUAUUCUAUCUCUUAACAGAUUUAAGCCAAGUAAAUUAAAUAAAAUUAGUAAAUGUUGAAAUUUAUCAAUGUAACUUUGAGUAUUCGUCAUUUUUAAAAGCUAAUAGUAAGUUUGAAAUAAUAGCAAGCAAUCUCUAUUUCCAUAAUAACAAUCUUAAAAAAUCAGUAAUAAUUGCUUUUAAUGAUAAUUUAGAUUUAUUAAGAGUUAGAACAAGUUAUAACACUCUCAUAGAAUCUUCAAUUAUUUAGACAUUAUUACUUAUAAAUUAAUAAAAGCUUGUAUACACAAUUGACGAUUUUGAAGAUAAUUCGAGUACUUUUUAAGAAUCUAGUUUGAUAGUCAUUUAUUCUAGUCUUCAAGUCAAUAUGUUUAUUGUUAGUAUCAAAAAUAUAAAAGUUUAGAAAAAUAACCUAGUUGAUAACUUAUCUCAAUAAAAUUAAUUAUUUAGAUUUCAUUGCCAUUAAUUAAUAAUCUAAAAUGCUUAGUUUUUAAAUUUAAGAAACCUCACUGUGUUUUACCUUUAUGAAAUUAAUUAGAUCAUUUUUGAUUCUGUAAUAUUUGAGAAUUCUUAAUAAGAACAUAAAGUACCUGUCUCUUAAUUUUGUGGUGAUCAAGGCAAAUUCUGGAAUUAACCAAUUUAUAUUACAGGUUUUUAGUAAUUAUCAUUAGCAAACAUUAAAAUUUUGAAUCAAUUUAGUAUUAAUUAUUCGUUAAUGGAUAUCAGAUUUAAUCCUUAGUUCAUUAUUGAUACGAUAGGAUAAGUAAUAUUAGUGAAUGCAGAAUUUAGAGGAAAUAUCUUAUUAAAAAACGAAGUAGCCAUUUCAUUAUCAUUGUUAUAUUUAUAUUCUGAAUAUAACUUAAAUAUUAAAUUAGAGAAAUUUUUGUUUAUCUAAAACAUGAUAAAUUUAUAAAUUGAUGAACCACUUGAAAAAUAAACAAAUUUAUUACAUGUAAGUUCACUAGACAGUGUUAUUGAAAUUCAUGAUCUAUAUUGCUAUCAAAACUCCUUAACUAAUUCAACCAACCCAUUCAUUACUCUUGCUGCUACCUCGAUUAUAAUUUCUGAUUUGAUUUUCAUGAAUUCUAAUUUUUUACCACAAACAUUAUGGUAACAAUUCUAUGAAUUUGAACUUGAGGAUUAAUAUAAUUAACAAGAAGUGAACUCAAUUAUUUAAUAAACAUUUAAAAUUUUAAACUAAGGAAUUUAUGUCUCAGCUUCUAAUUUUAGUUGUACAGAUAGUAUUUUUUAAGAAAUUAUCGCUUAAAAAUCUUCUAUUUUCUAUAUUAAAACCCAAGGAUAAGGUAAUAUCAAAAUUAGUAACUUAAAUAUAAAUUCUGUCUAUUCUAAUCUAAAAGGCGGAGAAGGUUUAGGUUGCAUAAGUAUAGAUUCGACAAACAGCCUUUUAAUAAUUGAUAUAAAACAAAUAAAAUUUAAUAAAGUUUUUAAUAGAAUGGCUGCAUCAUUAUUUACUAUCACUACCUCUUUAAAAUAAAAUUUUAUUCGUUUAAACAAUAUAGAAAUAAGGAAUUGUUUUUCUUUAAUGAAUUAAAUUAUGCAAGUUAAAUUUUCAGCAUAGGUUAUGAAAUAAAGCGUUGUAAGUAUUAAUAAAGUAUCAAUUUAUUAAAGUGAAGAAUUAUGGUUUUAAUUCUUUUCCUUGAUUGGUUCAAUAACAAUAUCUGAAUUAGGUGAUAUGUAGAACGAAGAUAAUGCAAUGAUUUUUUUUGAAAAUUGCAAAGUUGAAAUAAAAAAUCUGCAUGUUGAAGGAAUAGUAAUCUCUCCAAUUAUGAAUUUUUUAAAUACUUUGAAAUUAAAACUCUCAGAUUGUUAGCUUAUAUCUAUUUAAAAAUUAUAUUCGUUUGAUUUGAUACAUAUAACUUAAAAUUUAAUAAUUGAAUCAAAGAUUUAUAUCUAAAAGCUAAAGAUAAUUAAGAGUCAUACUUAUAAACUAGCAUUAGAGGGAAUUCUAAUUUUUUAUGAAUUGAAUUAUCUAAUUGGAGGAUGCAAAUUGUGGAGGAGUACUUCAAUAUCAGAAUAAAUAACUUUUUCAGAUAUGAUCAAUUAGAUUCAAUCUUCUACAGAUAAUUCAAAUUCCUUGAUGUAUGUGAAGAGUAUUUGUGAUUAAAAUUCUCUUUUUCUUUAAUAAAUAACAAUAUAGGAUAAUGAUGGGUCAGAUUUUUCAAAGGGAAUGAUGGUUUUUGAAAUCGAAAAGUUCAAAAUUUUUAAAAUUAAUGAUGUAAUUUGCUUUUAGAAUAGGGUGAAAUAAAAUGGUUGUGUCUAUUUUUUAAUCUAAAAUUUCAUUAAUUCAACUCUUCAAAUUAAAGAUUCUUAUUUCAUAUAGAAUAAUGGAACUCUAGGAGGUGCUAUAAUAAUUUAAAAUGUUAUAUUAGAGAUGCUGAAUUGUAAAAUCAUAUCCAAUUAUGCAAGCUAAUCAGGUGGAGGGCUGUUUUUAUAACUCAAGUAUUCUGAUUUUUAAAUAAAAUCUACAAUAAUUACUAAUAACAAGGCUUUAAAUGGAGGAGGAAUUUACUUCAACUAAGAUGGAAAAAUACUUUAAUAUAAUUUUAUAAAAUCAUUUAUACUAUUUAAUAAGGCAAUAUAAUUUGGAGGUAAUCUUAUUGAAUCUCCUCACCAUUUAGCAUUAUUUAUCAACAACAUGGAAAUGCAAUCAUAUGAGUAAGUCAUAAAUUCAAUAUUUAAUCAUCAUUUGUUGCUUAAACCCUUUAAAAUUAUUGAAUAAGGAUUGCCUUUUAUUACAAAUUAUUUAAUGAUCCCAAGUAAUUAAGCUAUUUCUGGGUAUCAAAUUUAUUAGCCCUCUAAUAAUCAAUAUUUUUCUUAUAUUACAAGUUUUGGGUUAAUUCUAAAGAAUAGUUUAAAUGAAUAAGUUCUAAAUAUUCUUAAUACAACAUGCAUUAUAACUAAAAAGACCUUUUAUGAAAAUAGCUUGAAUUAGGUGGACGAACUGAUAGAUUAACAAGUUUUGUAAUUUAAUCUAGAAAGAGAUUACUAUAAUCUUGGUUUACUUUCCUUUAUUCUUGAUCCAUAUACUUAAGAGAAAAUUCUGUUAUAAAUUAAUGUUACUUGUUCAUCAUUACAGCAUCAAAAUAGUUUCAAUUACAUAAUAUAAGCAAAAAGCUUUAAAUGCUAACUUGGAGAAUUUUAUGUAAAUUCUGGAUGCUAAAUAUGUUCAUCAAAUUAAGGAUUUUACUCUGUAGUGUAUGAUGCAACAAAAUGUUCAAUAUUCGACAAAACUAAAUUUAAAAAUAUUACUGAAAAUAAUAUAGAACUAUUAUAGGGUUUUUGGAGACCUAAUUUUUUAUCAGACUAAAUAGAGGAAUGCUUUAAAAAUGUAAAAUUUUGUAGAGGUGGUUGGGCAUUUGGAAAUGACAUAUGUGAUUUAGGACAUGUUGGAGCGUUAUGUGAGGAAUGCGAUAUCUAUAAUAUAAGAGGAGGUGGAAAGUAUUUUAAAAAUGAAUAGGAUUCAUAAUGCAUUUCUUGUUUUGGUGUUGGGGACAGUAUAAUCCCAUUUAUUGCAGCAUCAAUUUGGUAAUUUAAUUAUAAAUAUUUAGGUCGUUUAUAUCAAUUAUCAUAACCUUAAGGAGUAUUGAAUAGUCUAAUCAAUUAUUCAAAUGUUUAAAAUUAAAAUAAAGGUUCAGCAAAAUUAUUUUUAACCUAGAAUAAGGUAUAGAUAUCAUUUAUUUAAGGUCACGAAAGUUUUUUAAUAAAAAUGUUAUUAAACUAUUUGUGGAUUUUUUCUGUUAUAUUUACAUUCAAUAUCCAAUUUUCAUUUUCAUUUACUUUUGUUAAUUCAGCCAGCAAUACAUCCCACUCUAUGACUAACAAUCUUGAUUGUUAUUUAUCAGAUAAUCAAUCAAUACAAUUAAUUUACUCGAAAAUAAUUACAAUGCUUGCGCUUAUGACAUUCUAAUUUGUACUUAUUAUAAUAGGUUUUCUUAUCUAUAAUUUCUAUAAGAAAAUUGCAUUAAGCAAUUUUAACUUAGAAACGAUAUCAAAUACUCUACUCUACCUUUAUGUUUCUAAUUACGGCGGGUUAAUUAAAAUGUAAUUCACUUUGAAUAAUUUUUAGGUAUUUUUCCAUUCUCUCAAAAAGAGAAGUUUCAAGUUAGAGUUACAUACAAGGUGAUGUAUCACUCCUUUAUGGAUCCAGAGAGCACUUAAUUUGGAUUUUCUCUUUUGUGAUUCCAGGAAUAGGUGUUUUUGGUGUUAUUAUUCCUCUUUCCCUAUUUAUCGUUAUGUACUUAAAGAAAGACUAACAUGAUAAUAUUUAAAUCAGAAAGCAUUUUUGCUAUCUAAUAAAUGAAUACAAUAGUAGAAGCUACUUUUGGGAAGAAAUAAAGCUAAUUAAAAAGACUAUCAUUAUUCUAAUAUUAACAUACUUUGAAACUUAUAUUCUGCUAAAAGCGUCGUUGUUGGGGUUAUGUUUACUUUUUUACUAGUUAUUAGCCUUUAAUAAGAAACCAUACAUACUCUCCAAUUUUAAUAGCAAAGAUUUAUCUUCAGCAUAAAUUUGCUCUAUUACAAUAUUCCUUGCUGCUGCUAAAUAUGUAGCAGAACAAGAAAAUAAUUAGUUUUCAUCAAUCUCACUUUAAACUGUUAUUGUUUUACUUUGUCUUAAGCUUUGCUAUUCAUUUAUAAAGAGCAUAUUAUAAGUUUACUCAAACAAGUACACUUUCUUAAUCUUAAAUUAUUUACAUAACAUUUUAAAUAAGCUUUCAUAAAAUUCAAUUUUGACAAAAAAAUUAAAACAUUAUAUACUCAAAUAGGAUUAAAGAAAUUAGAGAUUGAAAACUUUGAUUAAUAAACUUAGAUAACAUCUGUUGUAGGUUUCAAAAGGCCAGCUUGAAUAUCAGAAAAUUGUAAACUCUCAAAACAAGAAUACCUAGCCAAAUUGGUUUGAAAAACAUUAUAAAUGA